AUGAGCACAAAAAGUCUCAGUCCACUGGACAGGUUUGCCAAUCUCCGUACGUGGCCGCCUGUCGAGGACCCCCCUUCGUAUCACGGGUACCAGGCCGGGAGCGCGAGCCUCGUAACGGUACAUGAGCAUGUUGAGUACGCGCCAUCGCUACGCUGUACGGUGGAGAACAUGGAGGACUACUCGAAUCGGAGGGAGUUCAUCCAGGCGCGCGCGGCGGAGACGCUCAUUGCGCUGGCCGCAGAGCGGACCGAGCAGCAUCGAAGGGAGAAGAGGAUGCACCUGUGGCGCUCGUCAUGGUGCUGGGCCAAGGACGCGGUUACAAACUUGAUGAGGCGGUUUGGAUUGGGAAAGGCCAAGAACACUCAUGUCAAGUGCAUCGGCGUUCAGGCAAUUGGUUGA